AUGACUCUGCGGCCCAAAAUGAGCCCAAAUAAAGGCCCAUAUUGUAGCCCGAACAAGAAUACGAUAUCGUACCCGGAGAUGAAACUGUCAUUAGAGAGAGAGAAGAAAGAAGAACAGAGAAGGAGAAAUGGCGAAAGAGAAGAGGAGAAUUGCAAGGAAGUAGCAGACGAAUACAUCGAGUGUGAGCUAAUGAUCAUUUUCAUCGACUUGAUUCUUCACAAAACAAAGGCAUACAAACACUUACUCUACAAUGUGGUUAAUCAAGAAACUAUAAAUGUUCAGUAUAGAAUAACUCUUAUCUCCUUAACGAUUUCAAAAGAUAGAAGCUUGCUACUGCAAAGAACCAAUGAUGAAUCAAGCGUGUCCAUGAGCUCUGUUCUUGCAUCUCUAGAGGUUGAUUCUCUUUUCUUCUCCUUGAAACUGCAUCGUCUCUAUAAUAACGUUCUGGUCAAUGUCCUAUCUACGAAUUUCGCAUUUGUUUUAUCAUUUUCACUUGCGGCUAAGAUUAUGUCAAUCGGCGCUUCGAGAAGAAAAGAGAUUCUUUUGGGGGUCUUAAUCUCGAGCUACAUCAAGAUCUUUCUAUUUGCUAUGCCGGUUUGGGAAUUUCCGGUUUCUGUGAUCUUCAUCGUAGAUACGCUAGUCUUAACAUCAAACGCAGUCGCGAUUAAAGUGAUGACUGAAUCAACCACGAGCAGGUGCUUAGCCGUUUGUUUCGUGGCGCACUCGGUUAGAUUCUUGGUGGAUCAAAUCUAUGGGUCAAGAUCCUUCAAGCACUUGAUGCAUCUGCCUUCUCUUUACAGAAGCUUGUGAUCUCAUAAUCUUCUUUUGGGUCUUGACAGAUUCUUUGGCCUAAUCUAUGACCAUUUUCAUAAAGAAAAGUGUAAGAUCUUGAAACACGUUUAGUUCACUCCUAUUGAAUAAUUCAGGAUCUCUCUUACUGGAAAAAAAAUUAGAUUACAAACCCUAAAAAGCGUUAACUUGAGGCGCAAAAACAUCCGUUUUUCCAAUUUGUAUAAGUACGGACAAUGUACAACCACGCCUUGUAAUCUUAAAGGUUGUGAACAGCUGAAUUUUCAACACAUUAUUUACAGAGAAUGCUUACUUGAGAUUUGGUGCGUAGUUAAGCUGAUGUGAUGUCAUUGAAACCUAUGAUAAAGAUCCAUUACAAUAGGUUCUUGCAUUUUUUAUCCAGUUGCUUCCUCUACAAGAAACAAAACCCUUCUUCUCUGUCUGCGG